AUGGCAGCGGCUCACAUCUACACUCCGCUGUCUCAGGCAGACUAUUCCUCUAGAAUUAACUUGCCCCAUAUACCUCACCGUAAUCGACAACCACAACAGGUUGGACGACCAAUCGACUCGAGUUCGGAUGACGAGGAUGAAGACGAGACCAAAUACCCGGCUUUGGCUGCUGAUGAGGAGGCAGAGCCAUAUGGUCUCCAAGAUGGAGUGGAUGCUCGGCCAAAGGUGCUGAGAUACUUUGUAUGGACCCUCGUUGGCAUAUUGGUCUCUGCAACUCUCUUGGGAAUUGUUGCAGCGAGGUCCUAUAAUGGUGCCAAAUUCCGUAUCAAAGGUCGCAAGCACAUUGAGAUGGACCACGUCUUCAACGGCACCUUUUGGCCCGAAUCCAAGAGUGUUCACUGGGUACCAGAAGCCGGUGACGGUGUGUUCUCCGUGGACGAGUCCGGGGAGAUUCUACUUGUCGACCUUAAGACAAACAAAACAACGUCUCUCGUAAAGCGUGAGGCAGUCAAGGACGAGCGAGGGCGACCACUCAUUUGGGACGAAUGGAAGCUUUCCCCAGAUGCCAAAUAUAUCCUCUUCCAAGCAGAUCGCGUCAAGGGGUGGCGACACUCUUCUUUCGGAAAUUACUACGUUCACGAUCUUACUCAAGGGGUAACAAAGCCCCUGGUGGCUCCGACGGAUCCUCCUGUCAUCUCUUAUGCAACUUGGGCCCCAACGCGAAACGUGGUCUCCUUUGUUGCGAACAAUGACCUCUACGUCGUACCAUCACCCGGAGCCGCAUCUGUCCGCAUCACCGAAGGCGGUAACAGCACGAUUUUUCACGCAAUUCCAGACUGGGUUUACGAGGAGGAGGUCUACGGCUCCAAUUAUGCAAUGUGGUGGAGUACCGACAGCUCCAAGAUAUCCUUCCUGAGGUUUGAUGAGACCAACGUGGACGACUUUACAUAUCCGAUUUACAAUCCGUCUGAUGUGGACGCCAGUACGGUAGUUCCAUAUCCGAAGCAAAUUGCCAUGAAGUAUCCAAAGCCCGGAUACAACAAUCCGGUUGUCACCGUUCACCUCUUCGACCUUGGAACCUAUACAGAGGCUGGUGAAGGUGUGAACGCCCCAGCUCCCGGAUCCCACACGUAUCAAUUGUCAUGGGAUGGUCAACGUCCCAGUGACGACAGCAUCAUUCAAGAGGUAGCAUGGAUAGACGAUGAAACGCUCAUCAUCAAGGAGAUCAAUCGCUCUGGUGACACGGGUAGUGUGAUUCUUUUUGAUGCCUCCCGCCCAACAAAGAAGGGCCGAGUUGUUCGUCGGCUUGGUAAACAUGGUGAGGAAGGUGAUGAUGGGUGGAUUGACUCGUCCCAGCGUGUCUAUCCUCUAGGAGACCAAUAUGCAAGAGCAACGUCGUAUUUGGACGUCAUUCCAAAUAAAGAGGGAUACAAUCACAUUGCACUCUUCAGCCCGGCAGAUUCUAGCACACCGAUCUGGCUCACCUCAGGAUCAUGGGAAGUAACGAGUGGGAUUCUCGGCGUUGACACUAAAAAGCAACUCGUAUACUUCCUGGCUGCUGCACCAUCAUCGAUUGAUCGCAACGUAUAUUCAGCAGAGCUACCUGACCACAAAGCAGCACCUUCUGAUCCGAAAAAACCAAAGGCACUUACGGACGACCAGAAACCCUCAUACUUUUCCGCGAGCUUCUCGCCUCAGAGUGGAUUCUACCAGUUGACUUAUUCCGGCCCAGAAGUUCCGUGGCAGAAAGUGCUGCAAGUCGACAAGCCUGAAUUUAAAUACGACCUCACGGACAACAAGGACUUGAGUAAAAUCUCGGACCAGUUCCAGAUGCCGUCCAUUGUACGGUCUACGAUCAUGAGCGAUGGAUAUGAGCUCAACACUAUGGAAAUCAGACCUCCUUCCAUGGACGAAAGCGGCCGUACAAAGUACGCUGUCCUCUUCCGCGUUUACGGAGGUCCAGCGUCCCAGAUGGUGUCAACAAGAUGGGAGCGGGAUUGGCAUCACUACCUUGCUUGCUCACUCAAGUAUAUUGUCGUCGUCGUAGACGGCAGAGGCACAGGCUUCAAGGGUAGAAAGCUUCGAAAUCCAAUCCGAGGGAAUCUGGGGCAGCAUGAGGUGCAAGACCAGAUCAAUGCGGCGAAGCACUGGAAGUCGAAGCGCUAUGUCGACUCACGUAGAAUUGGAAUCUGGGGAUGGUCGUACGGUGGCUUUAUGAGCUCCAAAGUUGUCGAAGCCGAUGCGCGCGUCCACAGUCUUGCUAUGGCUGUGGCACCAGUCACCAGCUGGCGGAUGUACGACUCCAUUUACACGGAACGAUACAUGGGGUUACCCAAAAAUAACCCUGACGGUUACUUCAACGCUUCAAUCACGGGCAUGGAAGGUUUCAAACAUGUUGACUUUCUUUUGGCGCAUGGGUCGGGCGAUGAUAAUGUCCAUUUUGCAAACUCUGCGCACUUGCUAGAUAUGUUCACUGCAGCCCAGAUACGGCGGUUCCGGUUCCGAAUGUUCACGGACAGUAAUCACAAUAUUGCGACACGUGGCGCGUAUAGAGAAUUACAUGAAUGGAUGACUGAGUUCUUACUGGAGAAGUGGGGGCGUGGAGGAUAUCUAAGGGGUUGGUGA